UCGGUUACCAUCAAAUUUGGGCGGGGGAGGAAUUAAACCGGUCGUGAUUUCGAGAGCCACGGAGAGAUCUUGGCGAUGAGUUGCCGGAGAUUCUUCUCGAUCCCGGUUCUUUCGGUGAUUCUGGUGAUGGGUUUCGUGUACUACGUCACACUCUUCGUUUUCAUCAAUGACUGGGUUGGUUUACAAAGCUCAGCUGGGAAAUUAAACGCCUUCCUCUUCAGCUUCUUUGCAUCUCUGUGUCUCUUCUCGCUUUCAGUUUGCGUUCUUGUAGAUCCAGGUCGUGUUCCUGCAACUUAUUCUCCUGAUGUUGAGGAUUCUGGUUGGUCCAAUAGUAACGCUACAGAAACAAGGAAAUGUGAUAAGUGCUUUGCACAUAAGCCUCCCCGGACUCACCAUUGCCGAGUUUGCAGAAGAUGUGUCUUGAAGAUGGACCACCAUUGCCUUUGGAUCAAUAACUGUGUUGGUUAUGCAAACUACAAAGCUUUCUUCAUUCUUGUGUUUUAUGCAACAGUGGCUUCCAUUUACUCCACAGUGUUGCUGGUUUGCUGCGUAUUCAAGAAUGGAGAUUCCUAUGCAGGAAAUGUUCCACUCAAAACUUUCAUUGUUUCAUGUGGGAUCUUCAUGGUCGGACUGAGCAUAACACUUGGGACUCUCCUUUGUUGGCAUAUCUACCUCAUCGCACACAAUAUGACCACCAUCGAGCAUUAUGAUUCAAAGCGGGCCUUAUGGUUAGCUAAAAAAUCAGGACAAAGCUAUAGGCAUCAAUUCGAUGUUGGCGUUUACAAAAACAUCACCUCGGUGUUAGGCCAUAACAUGAUCAAAUGGCUAUGCCCCACGGUUAACAGGAAUCCAGAAGAUGGUAUUAGCUUCUCUGCAUCGAGAGAUAGCUAGCUAAAAAAUUCAGUCGCCAGUCUCCGGUGACAGUUUCAGCUCGGAUAUGGGUAGAAAAUGCCCAACAAUUCAAUCAAACACUUGUACAUUUCUUCUGAGCUCAGAAGCACAAAGCGAUCCUGUCUUUCAGUUUUUGCCUGAGACAGUAGAAAGGAAACAGAGCUAAACAAGGUUGACAUUUAUAAUGUAACAGUUUUGUAAGAUAAUGAAGUAUGGUUUUUGAUUUGAAGAUCAUCUAAA